AUGGAAAUUCCCUCUUUCUCCGUCCUCCGCAUCAGCAUCGCGUCGAGCUCGGAAAGCAUGGACGCCUCGAAAGCAACCAUCUACUUCGGCUACGGCUCCAAUCUCUGGAGACACCAGAUGCGCCAACGCUGUCCCACAUCCAAAUACCUCGGAAUCGCACGACUGAAAGGAUACAGAUGGAUCAUAUACGAUCGUGGCUACGCCAACAUCGUAGAAGAAGCAGAGCAAGCAGAUCAUAAGGAGUACGACUACACCCACGAGUGCUGGGGCCUUGUAUACACGCUUCAGCGCAAGGACGAAGAACGUCUCGAUGUCAACGAAGGCGUCCCUGUCGCAUAUAAGAAAGAAUGGAUCGAAUGCGAGUUCUGGCCCUCUAGCGAGAAUGCCGCGGAUGCAGCGGCUGCGGAGAACGAAGAGAAUACGACGUUUCGAUGGAGCAAUGGGAAACCUGAUACGAGCAAGGAUCCGAAGAGAGUCGACAUGUUGGUCUAUAUCAAUCGCGAUAUGACUAAAGAGACGCCGCCGAAGGAGGAGUACAUCUACAGGAUGAAUAUGGGCAUCAGAGAUGCAGUGAAGGAGGGCAUGCCUGAGGCGUAUGUCGAGCAGGUUAUAAGGCAAUUCAUCCCCGACAAGGAAGAUGAGGAGGUAAGAGAGGUUGCGAGACGGCAGGCUUUGGAGUUUGAGGAUGAGACUUGA